AUGGACCAUGUUUAAAUCAUGCUCUAACAGGGUUGCCCUCCUCAUGUGGCAUGUCGGCUCACGAUAUCCAUGGAGCUUCUGUACUUGUGUCAUUUGAGAAUUGGGAUGGAGUUUCAACCAUUGAACUUUCGUUACAAGCAAAGCAAACAAAAUACUUUGUAUGCUUCAUCACAUGAUAAUAUUAUUGAUUGCCCCACAUAUAGUAUAAUUCAGAUCUAGUCAUUUUCAAGUUAAUUGCCUAAGCGAAACAUGUUGGUUAAAUAAUUCAGAAGUUUGAGUCAUUGGAUUAUUAUGUAUUUAGCAACUUGAUAAGCACAUGAAGAUUAUUAUAUGGCCUAAUACUAUAUACUAUUGAAAAUUUGCAAAUAGAAGAAGGCUAGGGCCCUUUUCCAAGAAAGGUGAAAAGAUUAUAUCUAGGCUGGUUGCCAGGCUCAGUUCCCUGUACAAACUCGACCCAUUUAGGCCUAAUAUCAGUUCUGCAAUACAAAACAGUGCAUGGCAAACAAAGCUCUUCCCAGUUUUGAUUGACAGGUGUUUCUUCACAGUUCACACACUCCAACCCAUUUCUGCUGUCUUGUUCAUAUGCUCAUACACAUCUUUUAGCCUUACUCUGCCAAAAUGAUCAUGUGGAAUUUCGCUCCUGAAAUUACUCGUUGCACUUGCUGAGAAAGAAAGAUCCAAAAUCCACCCUUAACAUACCCAAGCAACUAAAAUGUUCAUAUCUCAUUUUUUGGCAAAACUAUUGACUAUAAAUUACACAAAUAUGCUCAAUGUCCCUUCGCUAAACUAUUCUCUUGUCCAAGCUUUCUUGAUUCCUACAAUGGCUUCUUCUUCGCUUCAAUUUCUACUGAUUAUCCUUGGAAUUUCCUUUGUUGUAUUUGUGUCUGAUUCUCAAACCCUUUUCAAGCCAAACAAUCUUAUGUUACUAACCCACAAAGAUGGUGCAGCAAAUCUGCAUGUAGCUAGAAUUAGCAAGAGAACCCCACAAACCCCGCUUUACUUUGCUGUUGAUCUAAAUGGGAGGUUCUUGUGGGUGAAUUGUGAAAAGAACUACGUGUCAUCAACAUACCGUGCCCCAAGAUGCCACUCUACUCAAUGCUCUAGAGCCAACAGUCAAUAUUGUCACAAAUGCUCCUCCAAGGCCCGACCUGGGUGCCAUAACAAUACCUGCGGACUCAUGUCAGCUAACCCUGUGACUCACCAAAAUGCCAUGGGAGAGGUCGCUCAAGAUAUGCUCUCAAUUCAAUCCACUAGAGGGUCCAACCCUGGUCCAGUGGUGAUGAUACCUCAAUUCCUCUUUGUUUGUGCACCUUCUAGACUAUUACAAUUAGGGAUACCAAUAUAUGUUCAAGGUAUAGCUGGACUAGGACAUGCCCCUAUUGCCCUACCAACUCAAUUUGCCUCCCACUUUGGAUUUAGACCAAGUUUUGCCUUAUGCCUAAGUUCCACUUCCGCACACUCGGGGGUCAUUUUCUUUGGUCAGGGUCCUUUCUACAUGCUUCCAGGAAUUGAUGUUUCAAGUUCGGUGGGCUAUACACCACUAAUCAUUAGCAGAGAAGGAGAGUACCAUGUAGGAGUGAGAUCCAUCAGGAUAAAUCAUAAAGCUGUUCCACUGAACACAUCUUUACUAAAGCUAACCAAACGAGGUACUGGUGGAACAAUGAUAAGCACAAUAACACCAUACACAACACUUGAACACUCAAUUCACCAAGCUUUCACUAAAUUUUUCACUAAUCAACUCUCAUCAAUACCCCAGCUAACACCUGUGGCACCUUUCAGUGUCUGCUAUGACUCAAAAAGAUUUGCAAGAACAAGAGCUGGGCCUGGAGUUCCUAAUAUUGAUCUUGUGUUUAGCAGUGAGAGUGUUGUAUGGACAAUUUUGGGUGCAAACUCUAUGGUGGAGGCUCAUCCUGGUGUGUUAUGUUUAGGGUUUGUUGAUGGAGGGUUGCAUCCUAGAGCUUCAGUUGUUGUCGGGGCUCACCAGUUAGAAGACAAUCUUGUUCAGUUCGAUUUGGCUAGGUCAAGACUAGGUUUUAGCUCUUCACUGCUGUCUCAAAGAACAAGCUGUGCCAACUUUAAUUUCACCCAAACCCCAUAGAAUUGCUGGACAAAGGAUGGUUUUGUACAUUAAUUGUCUAAUAUAAUAUAUAAGUAUAUAUGUUUCUUGGCCUGUUUGUUUGUUGGAGUUUUGUAUUAUCUGAUUAAAACAAAAGCUUAUUACUUUCUUGA